AUGGCUCUUCUAACACUUUUCAAUCAAAUUUGGCAAGAAGGGCAGCUGCAGAGCAGCACCGGUUCCUUCAACAUUUUCCUGGUUCCUAUUCUCUGCCUUUCAAUAUUCAUCUUGUUUUCACUUACUAGAUCAUCCUCACCAAGUGAGAAAAACCGGAAACUCAAAUUGCCACCUUCCCCACCAAGGCUGCCUUGGAUUGGAAACCUUCACCAGCUAGGCUCAUUCCCACACCGCUCUCUUCGAGCUCUGUCGAAGAAGUAUGGCGACGUAAUGUUCAUGCACUUUGGCAAAGUUCCAACUCUGAUAGUUUCAUCUGCAGAGAUGGCCAAGGACGUGAUGAAGACCCAAGACAUUGUGUUCUGCAGCAGGCCUCAAACUACUGCUCCAAGCAUAUUGUUCUACGACGGCCAUGACAUUGCGUUUGCUCCUUACGGGGAGUACUGGAGACAAGUUCGAAGAAUUUGUGUUCUUGAGCUUCUGAGUCUCAAAAGAGUGCACCAGUUUCAGUACGCAAGGGUGGAGGAAGUUGCAGAGUUGGUCAGCAAGAUUCGCAAAGCCUCCGCCAGCGCAAACGGUGCUCCCAUUAAUCUUGGGGAGCUGCUGGUGUCAACCUCCAACAACAUUAUCUGCAGGUGCAUUCUUGGACAGAAGUUUGAGGACAAAGAAGACAAUUGGUUUGGAGAGACCACAAAGGAGUUGAUGACUCAGGUUAUGAGUUUCAGCUUCGGAGAUUUCUUCCCUUCUUUGAAAUGGAUUGACCGUGCUAGAGGCUACCUUGCAUAUUUGAAAUCAAUUUGGUUAGAAUUUGAUAAAUUUUUCGAUAAGUUGAUUGACGAACAUAAGGCAGCACAGAAAGAAGGUAAGCCUCGUAAGAAGGAUAUUGUGGAUAUUCUCCUCGACGUUCAAAAGGACGGCUCACUCGACUUUGAGCUCACUACCUCCAAUGUCAAAGCAAUUCUGCAGGACAUGUUUGUGGGUGGAAGUGAUACUAGCUGGACAGCAGCGAUUUGGUUAAUGUCUGAGCUUUCGCAAAAUCCACGGGUGAUGAAGAAAGUCCAAGAAGAGGUAAGAAGAGUGGCGGGGAAAAGGGGAUAUGUAGAGGAGAGUGACAUCAACGAAAUGAAAUACCUGACAUGUGUGAUCAAAGAAAAUUUGAGACUUCACCCUCCAGCUCCUCUUUUACUUCCUCGGGAAGCAAUGUCUGAUGUAAAAUUGGGAGGUUUCGACAUCCCUGCGAAGACACAAGUGUUUGUGAAUGCAUAUGCAGUACAAAGAGACCCCAAAGUCUGGGACAAGCCAGAUGAGUUUAUGCCAGAGAGGUUUGAGGAGAACAACGUUGGUUUUGUAGGUCAGGAUUUUGAACUCAUCCCAUUUGGUGCUGGGAGAAGGGUGUGCCCUGGACUUGCCUUUGGGGUUGCUUCAGCACAAUAUGUGCUUGCCAAUAUGCUGUAUUGGUUCGACUGGAAGUUGCCUAGUGGUGGCAGUAAAUUGGCUGAGACCUUGGAUAUGUCCGAAGUUUACGGUCUCACAGUCCAUAAGAAAAGUCCUCUUUAUCUUGUUCCAACACCAUACUCCCCUUGA